AUGCUUAGCGAGAAGCGAAUUUUCGUCGACAAAGCAAACAAAGAUAAGGAAGGACCUACACUGAAAGGUCCCAUUAUGAACACCGCUUCCCAAUAUAAGGCGCAAGGAAACGGUCAGGGAAUCAUGCGACAUGCUCCACAGCCUCAGCAAACGCAAAUUCCUUCGCAAUACCUUCUCCAGCAAUUGCAAGGCUCUCACGCCACCAACCAGCCCCAGACAGAUUCAUCCAACCCUUCUCUACUAGUUCAGGCUCUCUUUCAAGGUCCACAGUCUCAUCAAGGUCAAAGAAUUGGAAAUCAGCAAAUGCAACCACAUGUAGUUCUUGGAUCUCAGACGUUACAAUCUUCUUCUGUUGUUCCUCCUGGUCAAAACCAACCUACUAGCCAGAGCCCCCACUAUGACACAAUUCAGGUUGAAGAUCCCACCACUUUUCAUUGGCAGCAUCAAGUACAAUUGGUGCAGAUGUCCCGAAAGUGUAAUCAGCCCCAUUUCUAUGCUCGUCAUGCUGCUGUUUCUUCCAGAAAGCUACUUGGUAAGAAUGGCAAUAACAAUAUGCCUGGAGUUGAUGGUUCACAGGGGAACCAACCUCCAAACUUAUUGGAAGCCACGAAAACACUACUAAUGAGCACUGAUCCAACUGCAGAGCAAGCCGAAUCUGGUGAAAACAAGUCUGCUACCGACCCAUUACUGUGGUUUAAGAAGUUAUCCAAUGACACUCAAGAUGAGGAUGAAGAAAUUGAUGCUUCCACGUUGAAAGAUCCUACUCGUCAAUUAUGGAGGGCUUUAGACCUGAGUGGUCAACAGCUUCUGCAUCUUAGCGAGAAAUUGUUCCGUUAUGAUUUUCUGACCAAAUUAUAUCUAAAUGGAAACGGUUUAACAGAAUUACCGUCCAGCAUUCGUCAACUAAAGUCCUUAACGGUGCUGGAUGUUUCACAGAAUUUACUUUCUUCUUUUCCCCCUGAAUUGGGAAUACUUUUCAAUUUGCGUUAUAUUUACGCUUUUGACAACAGGUUGACCGAUAUACCCUUUGAAUUUGGUAACCUAUAUGAGUUAGAGUUUUUGGGUAUUGAGGGCAAUGUAAACAUGAACCCAGAAUAUGUGAAUAUACUUGCAAAGCGUGGUUCAAGAGGUUUAACCAUUCAUUUACGCGAUAAUGCUCCAAGACCAACGCCUCCUAAAUCAAGACAAUGGAUUUACUUCAGCAACGAUGGGGAGAUUAUUGAAGAACAAGAAUAUAGACAACAACAGACAGAAGACGAUAUUGUCAACACCUUCACAAUGAUGACUUACAACACGUUGUGCCAGCACUAUGCUACCAAGAAGAUGUAUAGAUACACCCCCUCGUGGGCUUUAGACUGGGACUAUAGGAGAGAGCGAUUGAAGGAGCAAAUCCUAGACUUGCAAACUGAUAUAAUUUGUCUCCAAGAAGUUGAGCAUAAGACUUUUGAUGAUUUUUGGCAACCAAUCAUGCUGUCGCAUGGAUAUAAGGGAAUCUUCCACGUAAAGAGUCGUGCUAAGACGAUGAAGGAAUCAAGUGCAUACAAAGUAGAUGGUUGUGCUACAUUCUACCGUACUUCCAAGUUCCAAGCCGUAGAAAGGAAACAUUUCGAGUAUGGAAGGAUUGCCAUGUCACAGGACAAAUUCAAGAAAACAGAAGACUUGUUCAACAGAUUUCUUAAUAAAGAUAACAUUGCGAGUGUACUUAUCUUGGAACACAUACCCUCUGGAAAUAAGCUGGUAGUGGCCAAUACACAUUUGCAUUGGGAUCCAGAGUUCAACGAUGUGAAAACAAUGCAAGUAGGUGUGUUGUUAGAUGAACUUCAGGCAGUGAUUCGAAAGCAUUUAUCUCCUAAAGAUAUAACAAAGGUUCCUCUACUAAUUUGUGGUGAUUUCAACUCUAAAGUUCAUAGUGCGGUAUACCAACUUUUCUCUCAGGGAACUGUUGACAAGCAUGAGGACAUUAUAGGCAGAGAUUACGGAAAGUUUACCGAAGAAGGCUUCCGCCAUCCCUUCCACUUACAGUCGUCAUACGAUUCAAUUGGUGAACUCCCAUACACCAACGUAUCGCCCACCUUCACAGAUGUUAUUGACUAUAUUUGGUAUUCUACUCCAAGUUUAUCGGUGAAAGGAGUUCUUGGUCAGGUCGACCCAGAUUACAGCAAGAACAUUAUUGGGUUCCCCAAUGCAGACUUCCCUUCAGACCACAUUCCUCUUCUGAGUACUUUUAUGUUCAAGAAGUCGAGUGCACCUCGACCAGACACUCGAGUUGAUUUUCGCAGUGAUUUCCGAGGAUCUCGCAAGACAUAG